AUGCGCGGCUGGCGGCUGGGGGCGACGGUGUCAAGGGCAGUUCUGAACCCGGACUGUGCUGCCGUCGCCUCCAAAUCCUGCAUGUAUAGGUAUUCACAGGAGCAAGCUAGUUGCCCUUUCCUCCUCGCGGCCGCAUCCGCCGCGUCCCUCCUCUCGGCCCCGGCCUCCGCCGCGGACGCCCACGCCCCCGCCUCCGAUUCCGCCGCCUACGCCUCCGCGCGGGACGCAGCGGCGCGGUGCGCGGCGACGAUCGUGUCCAUCUCGCCGUGCCUGCCGCACGUGGCGGCGGUAGCGCCGCCGCUGGCCACGUCCCCGCCGGCGCCCACCGACGCCUGCUGCGUCGCCUUCCUCCGCGCCGUCUACCCGUCGGGAGGGAGCGGAGGGGAGGGCUGCCUCUGCCACCUGCUCCGCAACCCGCUCCUCCUCGGCUUCCCCGUCGACGCCGCCCGACUCGGCGCGCUCCUCCCCACCUGCGCCGCGGGAAACUCCUUCGCCGCCGCCACCGUCGAGGCCGCCACCCUCUUCGCCGACGCCUGCCGAGGUGCAUAG